AUGGCAGAUCGGUUUCCUUCCAUUGAAGACAUUGAUGCAGGAGAAAUAGAUGUCCGCCCUGAUCCGACCGCCCAAGGUAGCUUUCUAGAGCGUGAACAAGCGCUCCUAGGAGAGGACGCCGAACUCUUUGACACCACCGAUAGACCUGGCGCUGCUACUGUCGAAGACGACGACGAUUUAUUAGGUGGUGAUGGCGACUUCACAUCUGCUCCGGUACAGCCAUCAGGUGGUGACGGACAACAAGAACUGGACGACUUUGAAAGCUCCUUUCCCGCCAUCGACACCCGCAACGAGAGCGUCGCGCCAAGUGGCACCAUAACCGAUUCAACCUUCGGCGGCUACACAAACUACACUGCUCCGACACAAGACGAAGAGACUGAACCCAUCCGCGAAUGGCGAGCCAAGCGGGAUGCUGACCUCGCCCGUCGUGACGAAGCAAGCCAACGCAAGAAGGAAGAGACCAUUUCCACUGCACAAAAGGACAUUGAUUCGUUCUAUGAAUCAUACAACCGGAAAGUUGACAAGCAAAAGGCGCAGACUGCUAAAGAGGCCGAGGAGUUUUUGGCCAAAAGAGAAGACACCACUGCGGGCGGCACGGCUUGGGAGAGAAUCGCAAAAUUGGUCGACUUGAGCGGGAAAGGCCAGUCGGGCGGUGGGGAUGGAAGCUCCAAGAAGAGGAUGCGCGACCUGCUGCUCAGUCUGAAAGCCGACAAGGACGCACCUGGUGCGGCGGGGUUGUAA